GUCAAGGUCAUUUUGAACUUCCGUGUUUUUUGAAAAUAUAAAAUUGUUACAAUUGAGUUUCAUCAGCAAUAGAACGAGCUGCAGAUGAUAAAAAAUGCUUAAACCAAAAGCAUUAACACAGGUCCUCAGCCAGGCGAAUACUGGAGGUGUUCAAAGUACACUAUUAUUGAACAGUGAAGGAGCUCUACUCGCUUUCUCAGGAUAUGGUGAUCAAGAUGCGCGUGUAACAGCAGCUAUUGCCAGUAAUAUUUGGGCAUCAUAUCUGAAGACAGGAAAAGUGACAUUUAACGAAGACUCUUUACAACAUAUACUCAUAGACUGCAUGGAUGGGAAAGUUGCAAUCACCCAGGUGUCAAAUCUAUUGUUGUGCAUCUAUGCUAAGUCAUCAGUUGGGUUUGGAAUGCUGAAAGCGAAGUUAGAUGCACUUUCAUCAUAUCUAGAGGAACCACUGACACAAGUUGCUGCUUCUUGAUACAAGACAGUAGAGACAUCUUUAUUUGCCAGAGACAGUUAAUCAUGUAUAUAGACUGUAUAUAAAUUAUUUUGAAAUCAUGAUAAAAGGACUAAAUGUGAUGAUUAAAAUGGAAUCAUUCAUAUGUACACAGUACAGUGUAUACUCUAUGGAUAUAAGAUAUUAAAGAAAAGCAAUAUUUUAUCAAGGAAGAAUAGUAUUUGAAUUGUGUUUUCUUUUUAAUUCUGUAUCUAUCCUCGAGUGCAAUAUCCACUCUCUUGAAAGCCCAUGAUUUUACC